GCGAAAGUGCCGGGAAGGGGAAGUUGGGAGCGCGGCCCGCCAUGGCCACGGCCCCAGCGGACCCCAUCGCCGGCCCCAGCCCCAGCCCCAGCCCCAGCCCCGUCCCGCCGGACCUGCACGCCGUGCCCAUGGUAGCGCUCAACUACGGCGUCCGCCGCCGCCUCGGCCUCUACCUCAACCCGCGGGCGGCCGCGGCCGCGGACUGGACGGCGCUGGCGGAGGCGCUGGGCUGCAGCUUCCUGGAGAUCCGGCGGCUGGAGAGGCUGCCCGACCCCACGGCCACGCUGCUGGAGGAAUGGCCGGGACGCUGCCCCGGCGGGGCCACCGUGGGGCAGCUCCUCGCUGUGCUGCGCCGCUUGGGCCGCGACGAUGUCCUGACGGACCUGGCCGGCAGCGUGGAGGAGGACUGUAAGAAGUACUUGCAGAGGAAGCAGGAAGAGGCCAACCAGCCUCUCCAAGUGCCAGCAGUGGACAGCAGCGUGCCGAAGACGUCGGAACUGAUGGGCAUCACCAUCAAGGAUGAUCCAUAUGGGAGUGGAACAGAGAUAUUCGAUGCCUUCAUCUGCUACUGUCAGAAAGACCUCCAGUUUGUCCAGGAGAUGAUCAGGGAGCUGGAGCAGACAGAGUUCAAACUGAAGCUCUGUGUAUUUGAUCGGGAUGUCUUGCCAGGAGCCUGCGUGUGGUCCAUCAGCGGAGAACUUAUAGAGAGGAGGUGUCGAAGGAUGGUGGUUGUUGUUUCAGAUGACUACCUGGAAAGCGACGAAUGUGAUUUCCAGACAAAAUUUGCUCUUAGUCUUUCCCCAGGUGCUCGUCACAAACGGCUGAUUCCGGUCAAGUACAAAUCCAUGAAGAACGAGUUUCCAAGUAUCUUACGGUUCAUUACCAUUUGUGACUACACCAAUCCUUGCACCAAAAAAUGGUUCUGGACGAGACUGGCAAAAUCCCUCAUGCUGCCCUGAUGCAAAGUCCUGAGAGCUGGGUGCUCUUGUAACCUGUCCUGGCUGUGCCUUCGGACCAGGGGUGUCCUUGACACAGGCUCUUCCACCACUUCAGAACCUGGAUCCUUGCUUGGAUCCUGAGAUUGGGAACAAAGAACUCUCUCCAGCACUUCUUCACAGCUAUGAGGGGAAAUAAAGCAACUGUGUGGGUGUUCCGGGUUAAGUCAGUGAGCAGCAGCAUCCAGCAUUUAUUGAGUAGUCACUUUCACUAAAAAUACUGAAAAUACACAUCUAAAGAGUGUCUGAUACAGGAAGAUUCUGUUGUAAGAAUUAGCAAGACCUCAGAGCCUCAAACUGCAGGUUUUGUCAGUGUUUUAAAGCUACAGUAACAUCGAGGCUUGUGGGAGAUUUACCAUAUUGGACCGGUCUGUAUCUAUUCAGGUCACGUUUGAUUCAGUGACCUUAUACCAGCAUUUAAUAUUCCCAGAUAUUACUAAAUUUUUACUUCUCCUUCGGGAGAAAUUCAGAGUCUUAAAAUACAUCUUUUCAGUGACAGUCCUUACUGCACAAAUCAGGGGCUGCUGUUGCUCGUUGACUUGACCAAGGUCUGCACAUCCGUGGGUCCAGAUCUGAAAUUCUUUCACUUCUAAAAACCUUCCAAAACACAGCAGCUUUUGGGAUGCCUCAAAGGCACAGGGCUAAACACUGAAUAAGGAGUGUAUUAAAUUGACAUUUGGGCUGUUUAAAAUAUGGAAGCAAAUGUUACAUUAACAGGAAAGAGCCUAAUUUAAUUAACUGCCACAAUAAUUACUGUAUUUCUGUGACUAAGGCUCGGAGCAAUGUCGAGACUGCUCUGCUUGUUAGACUUGGCCUUGAAUCCUGCCUGUGACUACUGGAUCUCAUCAGUGCUCCAGGGUGGAGGUCAGGAGUUCUACCCAAAGGAGUGUUUAAAGCAAUCCAUUGGUGUAUUAAACAGAUUUACAGUAAAUAUUGACUUUUUGAAUUGGGGAAGAGAUGAAUCUUGUUUAUGUGUCUGGAGUUGCUUGAACUCUGCCCCUUUGUUCAUUACUUCAGCCACUGACUAAUGUUGAUUUUACAGCUUAAUGUUUUACUAGUUUACCUUUUUAAGGUUGCAUCUGGAUGUGAUUUUAUUUUUUCAAUUUUAGCUUUGUUUUAAAGCAUUACCAGGACUGAGACAGAAAUGGGCUCCUGCCCCCUCCCUCACACUCCCUGCCAGUGAAUGAACCCUUAGCAGGGAUGCUGCCAAAUCCUGUCCAGGUGCUGCUGCUGGUUCCUCCCGGCUGACAGCAGCAGCCCUUGACCUGAGCAUGGUGAAGCUCAUUCACGCACAUCAUGUUGGCAGCAGGAGCCAUUUUUGGAUAGACCCAGGAGCUGGGUGUUUCUUCUGCAACAGUAACUGCUGCCAUCGGGCCAAGGUGACAUUUGCACCUUCCUGUCUUGCUAGAACAAGUGAGAAGUCUGUGGGCACGGGAGGAGGAAAAGUUAAGCUGAUGAGGGGUUUCUGAAUAGUUUGUUUUAUUGCCUUGGGGCCUCUCCUGCAGAAGUGGAGACAGCUGCUUGCCUCGGGCUUUCUGCAUAAUCGUUAAAUGUUAAUUACAGAAGAGGUUCAGGAGGCUGCUUGAUCCCCAGGCGCUCCGGGGGCUCAGUGAAUUCUCAUACUCUGGAGAGCCUAUAAACAUCAAUUAUGGGUCAUUACUCGCAGGACCGAACCAGAUUCCUCCUGUCUGGAGAGCUGGAAGGGCUCUGGUGGCUCGUUCAGGGGAGCUGAGGCAGAGGAGCCUGUGCUGUGGACGCUAGAGGGAGGCCAUGGCCCACGCUGCACCCUGCGAGGGAAUGCGGGUGGGAUGGGGAGACACGGCCGGGAUGGGCCAGCACGGCACUGACAUGGAAAAACCACAAGUGGGUUCUCCUCCUCUUCCCCUUGCUCCCUCUUCUGAGCAAGGUACACCAAAACCAGCGAGAAUUUUGGCAGCUUGAACCUUGUGCGGUGUCUUCAGAGUCCUGAUGGUUUGGGACUUGGUGUGUUGUAUAUGAUGGGAAAGUAACAGCAGGAAAAAUGAUGAGGUUUGUAGUAGAUGAUUUGGUGAUCACCCAACAGGGAAAGUGCUGGUUCUGGAAGGGAAAGCAAACAGAGGAGCUGAAUUUCUAAAUUUUUUGAGUUCAAAUAGAUAAAUGCCAUGUUCCAGUUAGUGGUGAAAGAUGUUGGGAUCUUGUUACCACCCUGCUUGUGGUGCCCUGGCCCUUCUCUCUGCUUGGCUUGGAUGCUGGGAAGGUCUUACUGUUAUGAGGCUGUUGCUUUAUUACAAGUUACUAUUUAUGUUAUAGGCUAAAAUAAUUAUUUUGGGAUAAAGAAACAUAAAAUAUGCUUUAAAUAUGUAUCUUUUUCUACGUAAACCCCAGAGUUUAUGCACUUCUGACACUUUCAUAUCUGCAUUGUCACAAUAACUUGAAGUGUGACAUUUUAAAUGGUGCAGAAUGUAGUUGUUGUGAACCAUUUGCCCAUUUCAGUGGCAUUUUGGGUGCUCCUCCCCUCUUUCAUGUUCAGUGGAAGGUGGAAAUUUUUGGACAUCUUUAAAAAAGGGAUUUAUAAAAUUGUGAUGUUACAGGGUUUAUUUUGUUUCUGUCCCUCAUUGAAAGUGUCUUAGUUGAAUCUGUUAGUGCCAAAUCAUUUAUUUUUAUAUACAGACGUAUAUAUUUAUAAUAAUUUUGUGUCCUGAUACAAAGGGGGAAAGCAUGUGUUUUUAUAGGCAUUCUGAAAAUAGACAAUGUUUCUGUUUUUCUCCUCAAAAAUCCAAACUUUUGCUACUUCUGAAAACCUUUUAAAAUAAAGGAUGAAAAUCCA